UACUCCAACGAUGAGCCCAUAAAUCAAGGGGGAAAAAGGGUAAAAUCGAAGCAGAAAUUAAAUUCGAAAUAGGAAAAAAAAAAUCAAUGGAUCCCCAGCUCAACGAAGUCUCUCAGGUCUUCGCUCGAUUCAAGGCCGCCUUCACUAGGAACGAUUUCAGCACGUGCUCUGAUCUCCUCUCCCGGCUAAAGGUCCUCUUGACCAAGUUUUCUAGCCUGCCACCAUCUUUUCAGCAGACACCUAACGCAGUUCAGGAGCUGACUCUAGCAAGAGAUAUUUAUGAACAUGCAGUUGUUUUAAGUGUGAAAAUCGAAGAUCAAGAUGCAUUUGAAAGAGACUUCUUUCAGCUGAAACCUUACUAUACUGAUACAUGUGGUGUUCUUCCUCCAUCACCCCAAGAGUACCCAAUCUUGGGGCUUAACCUUCUGAGGCUCCUUGUGCAAAAUAGGAUUGCUGAAUUCCACACAGAACUUGAGCUGCUUCCAGCUAGUGCAUUAGAAAACCCUUGCAUCAAGCAUGCUGUUGAAUUGGAGCAGUCUUUCAUGGAAGGUGCUUACAACCGCGUAUUGAGCGCCAGACAGACUGUUCCACAUGAGACUUAUGUUUAUUUCAUGGAUCUUCUUGCAAAGACAGUGAGAGAUGAGAUAGCUGGUUGCAGUGAAAAAGCUUAUGAUUAUUUGUCAAUUAGCAAUGCAAAGAAAAUUUUGAUGUUCUCCUCUGAUGAAGAACUUUCUCGAUAUAUCAUGGAGGAACACCCCGAGUGGGAGAUCAAGAAUGGAUGUGUUUACUUUCAGAAAGCAAAGGAAACUCAACCAUGCAAGGAAAUACCAUCGCUGCAGCUAAUCAAUCAAACCUUGAACUAUGCAAAAGAACUGGAGAGGAUAGUUUGAGAGAGAAAUAAACUUAAAGACGCCAUUUGUGUUCUCUUUGGAUGUACUCUUAUUAUUUUGUCAUUCACAAGAAGUUUACUGCUUGUUUAAUCGGCAUAAGUACUUUUGCAAGGCAUCUGUUUGUUUUCCUUGCAUUAGAAUAGCACGUUCUUGGAGUCCAGGGAUUGAAGUAGGUUCGAAUGCGUCCCCAUGUAACUUUGGUGAGAUCUCCGGAUUAUUUGCAGAAUUCUGUCCUGAUUCAUCAGAUGAAAGUUUCAUCGCUUAGAAAUGAUAUUUUGAUAUUCCCUUCA